UUCCCCGAGAGUGGUCGAGUUUCUCAGUCGGGAAAAUGUCUGAAGAGAAAGAAGAAUCCGAUGCUCCGAAUAUUCCUAAUGCAGCAGGAGAAAGUGAUGAUGUUCAUGAGACUAUCAAUAUUCCAGUUAUCUCAGAAGAGCUUCCAGAGUCAGAUCAAACUGAAGACAAUGAAUCUGAACUGGAACCAUCUGGUGGUGGCCAUGAAACACGUGCUAAGGAGCACAGUGACCAGAGCUCUUCAAGCCUGGAAUCAAACGAAGAACAGAUACUCAUGGAAGAGGCUACAACAUCCGAACGAGUUUCAGGUUCCCCAAGACGUUAUAAGGAGCGCUACCUAAGGGAAAUCGAUAAUGCAACACAGUCAGCCAAACAGCAUUCAGAUGGUUAUUAUCCGGCAUAUCUGGAUAGAAUGAAGACUGUAAAGGAAUCUCUGAAAACAGCAGUGAUAGCUUCUUCAGCAACAGUAAAAGUGGUACUUAUUCCUGUGGGCCAGGAAAUUAUAGUGCCUUUUAAUGUUGACCGCGUUUUUAAGUACCUCAGGGAUCAUUUUGCAUACCUAUUAGGUGUGCCACCUGACAUACUGCAGCUAAGACGUGCAGGAAUGAUUCUUAAAAAUAAUGAGACUCUACUACAACAUGGAGUUAAGCCGCGGGAUGUUGUACAAGUGGAAAUCUUUUCUAUACAUCCAGAUCUAUAUCCAAUCAAAAGAAUAAUUGAACUCAGUGAUGCCUCUCAAGUCAUAACUGUCAGAGUACAAACUGGCAUUGAUCAGUACCAGCAGGUAGCUGUUGAGAUUAUAAAAUCUGACUUUCACAAACCAUUUCUUGGUGGAUUCAGACAUAAAAUAACAGGAAUAGAAUAUCACAAUGCUGGAACACAAACUGUACCUAAAAAGAUUCCUCAAAAAUACAGUGUAUUUUGUAGGGAUGCCCAGACAGUUUUUCAGAGGAAAAAGCUUCAACAAACUACAAAUAUGACAUCCACACAGAUGACUAAAAUUGGUGUGUAUGUAUCAAAUAUGACUGAUAAACUGGUAACACCAGGAAAAUAUUUUUCAGCAGCAGAAUACCAUGCUGAAAGAUUAGCGGCGGUAAUAGUGUUACAGACUUACUAUAGACGGUGGCAUGCUAAGAUGGUGGUAGAAGAUUUAAGAAGACAAAAAAUGUUGAGGUUGCAGUGGGAAGAACAGGAAGAACUAGGAAAGAUGAGAGAGAAACAAGACCGCAUGAAGCUGGACUAUUACCGGAGGCAUAACCCUAAAACGAAGGAAGAUUUUGAGCUUCUCUAUAAUGCGCUAGAACUCUGGCGACAAGAGGAACUGGCACGCAUUAACCAGACUUUCACCGGAGCCGAAAGGAAAGCUGCUUUGUGUGAACUUCUGGAAAAAGAGACCCAAAUAAUUGCUUCCAUCGAGAGACAUAGGUAUAUCGCUCAUAUGGCAAACCAAGAAGCAAUAAUAGAAACCUUUAUGAAUAAGUGUUCAGCUCCAAAGACCUGGAGAAGAUUUGAUGGCAAAAUAAUUGAGAUGGAUACACAGUUCACUAUCAGAGCCAGAGAGCUGCAGAACAUCUAUAAAUGCAUUAUGCUGAGAAAUCUCUCUCAAGAUGAGAGACUGGAUGUACUCUUAACACUUAAACAUACUGUGAAGGAACACGAGUGUAAGUUGACUCAGGAAAUUCUAGAAUUGAUUGACAGAGAAGUUGACCUUAUGAUGAGAGGAGUCAAAGAUGAUAACCUUGAAGGGCUCAGAAAAAGAAUCACAACACUGUUUUUCCAUUACAUCAAAACACCUCUGUUUAAUCCAGAAGUUGCAAGACACCUUAAGGUCCCUCAAGACCCAUUGAAAUUUUACAAGAAGAUCUACUUUUGCCACAGUUGCCAGCUCUAUUUGCCAUCUACAGAGUUUGCUGUAUCAUCCACCUCACACCGCAUAUACCGGUGUCGUAACUGCAUUGACCUUGACAACGAGGCUAGACAACGAGAAUCAUUUUUGAAGUACAAACAGUUACUUCAGCGGCUCUACUAUUCAGAAUCUGAUUAUGAAGAUGAUUCUAGAAUUGCUUUCCUGAUGCAGCUGAAAGAUAUUCAGUACCUGACAGAGAACAUCUGGGCAUCCCAGUCAGCACUCAGUGCCUGGAAUGACCUUAAUGAUCUGGUCAUGGUCAGGUGGGACAAGUCCUUGGAGUGGUCCCCUUGGAACUGCAUUCUUCUUACUAAAAGUGAGGGUGCUGCGCAUCUCAAGCUAACAAGUAUUGAAAAGGGAUAUGAACCCGUGUUUAUUCACAAGAUCAAGCACAAACAUAUCCUGGCGAAGAACUAUUUUUCUCAAAUUCCUAUCCUGGCUUCAUUUUUAUUUGAUGAUGCUGAAAUAGAUGAGGUCAGAGAGAGACAUCACCUAGAAACAUCACCCAAGAUUAUAGACUCCCGGAGGCCUAGUCCUUAGAAGACCCAGGAAUAUUUGUUUGAUGAUCAGCAUUUUUGUCCACUGCUAAUAGAGUAAUACAGAGGUCAUACAAUAUGGAAAUAUAAUUUGUUAAGUUGAUUCUAAUUGUUUUUCGUUGUAUCAUAAGUUGUAUAGAGAAAACAUCCCUGUAUACAUGCUUUAUUGUUAGACAAUUAAUGUUAAAUUGCAAUAUGAUUUUGUUACUAAAAUUAAUAUUUUAAAGUAAAGAGAACACUUUACAUAUUUUUACAUUAAAUUUUUUAAAAAUUUCAGGUACAUCAUAAUUAAAAUGAAUAGACAAAAGCUAGGCUUAACUUUCAACCCAAUAAAUUUAUUUUAGAUAAUAUGUAGUUAUAGGAGAAUGGUCAGUAUAUGGGUGGGAGGAAACAUAGGAUUACCUUUUUUGAAAAUCUUUAUAGGAUAAAAGACAGUAGUUUUAAUAUAGAGAUUUGAAUUUUCACUUUUUAUCUUCUACUUUCACCUUCCAUCUUUCUCAAAAUCCCAAUAAAACAACUUUCACCUUCCAUCUUUCUCAAAAUCCCAAUAAAACAACUGAAACUAUUUUAAACAAACAAGUAAAAGAUGCAUUCCAUGCUGGAAAACAGGGCAAACAGUUGGGACUAUCUUUUGUCCUGUGGGAGAAAACUACUUGCAGGGCAACAAUGAAAACUCUGUACAAAGAGUAAACUGGACCAAGGAACUGUAACCAUCCCUUUCUCCAGUAAAACAAAGGACUAGCCUUGGCCGCAUGCAUGCCAAGGACCUGCAGUGAUGAUCAGGGGUUUGAGUCAGUCUUAACAGGAAAUAGAUGGCACACUCAAAAUUCAAGGAGCGUUUAUUUACAAAGUGUGGGCACAGGAUAGGAAAACUAAAGGAACAGAGCAGGAACCCAGGCCAGUAUCAGAUAAGGUGUCUCUAUUCCUUGUCCAAGUGGACCUGGGGAGGCAGAGUUCUGGAAACCCAGAAAGAGACCUUAAGAUAACUGAGAGGAUCAGUGACCAAAUUUCAAGGGAAGAGCCAAACCCAGGUUAUCUCGUGAAUUAGAGAAAUAAAUACUCUGAUCUCACACUUCCCCCUUCCGCCAGUUUCCUGCUUGAGUUUCCCAUUGGCAGAACACACCCCCUCUCCCCCCCAAAAAAAGAAAGCAGAAGAAAUAGAAGCCUAUUGACAUACUUUAUACAGCUUCAGGACAAACAGCAGAGUAGAUAAUGCGGAGAGUGGAUUUGGACGGCUAAAUAGAAGAGAUGGAGCUAGAGAGAAAAAUAAAAAGUGAAGAUCUUUAAUUCAAGUAGCAAUAUUUCACAUAAAUGCAACAUAAUUAUAUAUGUGUGUAUUUAAGGUCAACAGCAAGGAAGUACAUGUAAGAGAAAAACAAGAUUAAAAAUAUCACAGUGCAUAAAUUUAAAUCGGUUAAAAUCCUCUAGUAAAGGAUAGUUAUUCUCAUAUGAUAUCAAAAGACUGAAAUAUGUGCUGUGUACCAGAUAUCUACCCCAAAUAAAAUGACAUAGAAAGGUUAAAAAAUUAGCAGUCCUAUGCAAACUGACAACAAAAAAUGGUGGCAAUAUUAUCAAGGAUGAAAUUGGGAAGAAAAAUAGAGCAAAGGGAGUUACUUAUCUUGAUAAAUUAUAAUUCACAAUAAAAAUGAAUAAUUAAUUUCCAUGUUAGGUAUAAAAGCAGGUGUAGAAAAGUCAGUUGAGAAUUCUUCAUAGGCUUCUCAUGUUUCUGCAUUUAUUUUUAUUUUUAUUUUUUAGCAGAGGCACUAGAUCUUGUUUGAGACUCAUUUUCAAGGGUGUUUGUAUAGCAAGCAGUCUUGGGAGAUAGUGUUUAAUGUUCACUAUAAAAGAUUCAGAGUCUCUAAGCCCAGGAUUCCUAUCCUGUAAUGCAACUCACUGUUUGUGCAUCUGUGACCUGGACUUUGUGUCACCCUGAAGAAAUUAGGAUAAAAUGCAGAUAUCCUGGGUUAUGACAGUUCUGUGGACAAUAAAUUGUGCUUUAUCUCUGA